AGGCGGUAAUGGAGGAUUUGUUCUUACAAGGGUUUUUGCUAGCGUGCUAUGUUUUCUCUGUUAUGCUUCCAUUUUGAUUUGAUUCUUUACAGUAUAUUUACAACACGAAGGACGACACCCGAUUCAACUAAGGCCAAGGCGAGCUACCUCUGAGAUCAAGGAUGGCGUCAGACGUGGUUACCCAAAACCAUGGUUCUAAGGCGAUCAUGACAUUUUACCCAACUGCAGAGGAGUUCAAGGAUUUCAAUCGUUAUGUUGCUUAUAUGGAGUCCAAGGGAGCACAUAAAGCAGGCUUGGCUAAAAUUGUUCCCCCAAAAGGAUGGAAGCCUCGAGGUUCCUAUGACGACAUUGAUGAUUUGGUGAUUCCAGCUCCUAUUCAGCAGGUGGUGUCUGGCCAGUCGGGUCUUUUCACUCAAUACAACAUACAGAAGAAGUCCAUGACGGUCAGAGAGUUUCGCAGGAUUGCCAACAGUUACAAGUUCUAUAGACCGCAUUAUGAUGAUUUUGAGGAGCUGGAAAGGAAAUACUGGAAAAAUGUAACAUUUAAUCCCCCAAUAUAUGGAGCAGAUGUUAAUGGAAGCUUGUAUGACCCUGACAUCAAAGAAUGGAAUAUUUGCCACCUGGGCACCAUUUUGGAUACUGUGGAACGUGACAGUGGCAUCACUAUUGAGGGUGUUAAUACACCUUACUUGUAUUUUGGUAUGUGGAAGACCACGUUUGCAUGGCACACUGAGGACAUGGACCUCUACAGCAUCAAUUACUUACAUUUUGGAGAGCCCAAAUCAUGGUAUUGUGUCUCCCCUGAGCAUGGAAAGAGACUGGAGCGUCUGGCUAAAGGGUUUUUUCCCAGUAGUUCUCAAAACUGUGAGGCUUUUUUAAGACACAAGAUGACUCUCAUCUCUCCUUCAGUACUGAAGAAAUAUGGCAUUCCAUUUGAGAAGAUUACGCAGGAAGCUGGUGAGUUCAUGAUUACCUUCCCCUACUCCUAUCAUGCUGGUUUCAACCAUGGUUUCAAUUGUGCCGAGUCUACAAACUUUGCUACAGAGAGGUGGAUCGACUACGGCAAGCAAGCCGUUUUGUGCUCGUGUCGUAAAGACAUGGUGAAGAUUUCAAUGGAUGUAUUUGUUAGAAAAUUCCAACCGGAUCGCUACAAAAAGUGGCUAGCAGGGCGAGAUUCAGUUCCCAUCGACCACUCACUGCCCACUCCAGAGGCCAGGGAAUUUUUGGGCAACACCUUUCCCAGCAGCACUAGCUCCACCGAGACCUGUGGCGAGGGUGGAGAUCACAAAAGAUGA